AAUACUGGCUUGCCUGGUGUUCAGACUCUGUGGGGAACAGAAGGUGUCUGCGGCCGAUGGAGCCGCCGGGAGCCGCUGCCCUCCCCGCACCGGGCCCCGCUGGAGCCGCCCCGAGGCGGCCCCGGCCGGGAGGCUCCGCUCGGUGCCCGGGCCCGAUCAAAGCUCCGCAAACGCUUCGGAACCUCCAGCGCCGCCUGCUCGGCCCAGCCCGGCCCGGCGUUGGGGAGCCCAGGAACCCCUGGAGAGAGGGGUGUCAGAGGGUGCAUUACUGCUUUGGAAAGCCUGGCCUGCCCGGGGGCUCUGGAGCACAGCUAUUGCUGA